CUGCUCCUGGGUGUUGCUGGCCCCGGCUCCUCUUGCUCUUUCUCUGGACCUCUUCCAGAAGUCCAGACUGCUGAAUGAGAGCAGCCCUUCCACGCGGCUGGACACAGGAGGGACAGAAAGGCUCUGUCUAUGGUGAAGUCUUUUACCCACAAUUGUAAAGCCACUUUAUUCAGUGUGAGAAGUCUCCUUCUUCUUUUCUGUCACGUCGAUGUUUAUAUCUGAAUCACCUAUAUGACAAAAAGUCUUUGCUGCAAGAAACCAGGAACCAUCGGCGGCAGACACCAUGCGGUGGUCCAGCAGGAGCUGCUUCGCAACCUCGGUGGGCAUCAUGCUCUUGUGGCUCUUCGUCACUUUGCAGAUCCCCAAGGAGACUGAACAUGGCCAACGCCUGAUGACUAUGAAAGGCCAAGAAGCCAAUUAUGACAGUAAGAAGACCUCGAAGCCCCUGGAAGACUGGCACACCAUCACCCUCAAAUAUACACAAAAGAUCCAGAAGAGAAGGAAGACAUGGCUGACGGUGGGGAUCUCCGCGGUGUCAGGACAGGAUCCAAACAGCCUCUUGUACACCCUGGCCUCCCUAUACAACGCCUCCUCCGCGGCCGAGCAGAAACGUCUCACCGUGCUGGUGCACCUGGCAUAUUCUGACCUCGCCUGGCUCCAAGACACUACUGCCCAGAUUGCCAGCCUCUUCAGCGCCCAGAUCCUGGCAGGGCAGCUGCUGCUGAUCCACGCUCCACCUGACGUCUACCUCGCUGAGGAUGGCAAGGGCAGCGCUGAGGCCCACAAGGACCGCUACUCUAAGGAGAACGUAGAUCACGCCUUCCUGAUGAGCUUCGCUGCGAAGUUCUCUGAUUACUUCCUGUUAAUAGGGGACGACGUCUUCUGUGCCCCCAACUUUGUCACCCGCAUUUAUUCCAAGGUGGCCGCCCUGCAGCCCAGCCCUUGGGCUCUGCUGGAGUUCUCCAACGCAGGCAUCAUUGGCAAACUCUUCCACAGCAGGGACCUCCCCCUCCUGGCCCACUUCCUCCUCCUCUUUGGCAGGGAGAAGCCCCUGAACAAGUUGAUCCUUCACUUCCGCACCCUCCUGGUCCAGGAAAACCCGAUCCUCUUCAGUCCGUUCCUCUUCUACCACAGGUUGUCACACCCCCACUUGGAUGACAAGGAGGAUGCAGUAAUUGAGAAAAUCCCUUACGGUCCUAGUAACCCCCCUGCAUCUGUCUUCACCAAUAUGUUCGUUUCUGAUGCUCACUUCCCCUGGGAGGCCUACACUCUGGACGAGUCAUUCUUUUGGACAAACAACACGCGCAAAGGGAACCACUUGACAGUGAUUUUGAACCACCCAGUGAGGCUGAGCAGAGUGCAGGUGAUGACAGGCUCCCUGGUGGAGGGCAGGUACGCCCUAGGGAAGGGCCAGGUAGAGCUAGGUUAUGACGCCCAGGGCAUGCCUCAGGACUGUGCCAGCUUCGAACUGCUGGGCUGGCUUGUGGAAGGGCAGAUGGACCAGGAGCUACUGCAGGAAAGCAUGGCAUACCCCGUGAGCUGCGUGAGGCUGGUGGUGAAAGCCAGCCAAGCUGGGGGUCUCAUGGUCAGGCAUAUCUACCUCUGGGAGAAAAAUGCCACGAAGGAGAAAAUGGAUCAGGGUUGAUGGUGA